AUGGAAGCUGGCUAUCAAUCAAAGCAGGGCUUACAGAAAAACAAUAUUCUCGCCCAAUCAACAUCUGCGGUACAAAAAGCGGACGUUUCCAUUCAAUCAACAACAGAUUCACGUAUUGUUGAUGUUUGUACCCAAUCGACUACAGCUUUACAAAAUAUGGACGCCUCCACCCAAUCAAGCAAAGGAAUAAUUUUAGAUGCACACUUGCUAGCUGCCAGCCCUCCUGAAAGAUUUCUUUAUGCAAAUAUCAUUAGCCCCAACGUCCGCCACGACACUUUCCUUCAACCCGGAAGAAGUAACGACGACUAUUUGGGGAUGACCUCACCAGCCUUGAAACCAAGCAAUGAAAGACUAUCUGUUGCUAUGAUUUGUACCGACCAAGUUUACUCUAGCCUUGUGCACAAAGAGAGAUCACCCAGUGUACUGGAGAUUCAAGAGCAGACGACAUUAAAGAUGAAUACGUCACCUAUGUAUGCAUUGGUAGAACUACCUCAAUAUGGGGCAUUCUCUGCCCCGUCAGAAUGGAGUGGAGGUCAUGCAAAGAGCAUGGGUCAAACUGCGGUUGCACCGCCAUCGUACGCAGAAUGUGUAGAGACUGGCUCCGCAGUAGUGGAUACUCCCAGAGGUUAUAGGUCAUUCCAACCCCAGGCUCAGUUCAUUCUGGAGAAAGAAAGGGGAGAUCAUUUCUCUUUAAAACCAGCCUCACGCCAGCAACGUGAACCUAUGGUCCAGCCAGUGGUCGGUAAUGGAAGCUUCGAGAUCCAAGAAAAGUCUGACUAUCAAGCCCUGGCAUUUAUUUCCUGUUUAUUUUGUUGGCCAGUUGGUCUGGUGGCUAUUUACUAUUCAAACAUGUGUUCUAUCGAGAAGUCCCUAGGAAACUAUAAUCAAGCUAAUGUCUACUCAAAGCUUACAUUUAAUGCUUCAAUGGCCGCCCUAGCAUCUGGAAUCUUGGGCUAUUUCUUCAUCUGUGUAUAUGAGUCUAUGACAAUGCUUUAAGGAACAACAUUGAAUUAGUUUAUAAUUAACUGGAGUGUGAACAUAUUCAAACAUUUUUUUAAAUUAAUAUGCAAAUUUUCUUAACCUAUCAAAAUGUGAAGAAAUUUCUUAAGUUAAACACUAAGUUCAAAGACUAUGAAACUUCAGCUACAAAUGAAAACUUCAGACUGCAAUAAUUUAAUGUUGAUAAAAUGUCACCAGGAAUAAACAAAUGUUUAAUGCUUUUUUUUUUUUUUUUUUUUCAUUUGACAUGUUGUAAAGCUCUGGAAGUUGAUAGAAUUUAAAUUAUUUAUAUUUUAAUAAUUGUCAACACUCAUAGGUAAUAUUCAAAUCAAUAUUUCAAUGUUGUUGUUUUUUU